GUAGUGUUUUUUUCAAAACGUUUUAAUAUAAUUGAGCGAGGCACCGAAUCUGAAAGUUAGAGCUCGAAGGUUGUAGGUAUUACAACAAUGUGUUCUAUAUACUCUCGAUUUAUUGUUAACUAAUCUAGAAAUUUAAAUUAUACAGUGGCCAGUUUGAAAAUCGAAAAUUUUAUCGGCCAACUUAUACUAUAGUAUUAUCAAAAAUGCUUUCAAAUCAACAAAAUUUGAAUUCAGAGGAUCAAGAUUCAAUUACAAGUGGAAACAAUAAUUCUUUUAUGCAAUCAACGUUCAACUAUAAGUUCAACAAUGUACCAUUUUACGAAGUUAUUGAAGAUAUUAUUAAGCCAACUCUUCUAAAGAGCUCAGGAAAAUGUACAUUAGAAAACUCUCCUUCAGGUUUAAUGGAAUGUGCAUUCAAUCAUACUAUGUCAAACGAACAAGCAACACUUAUAUCACUGAAUCGGGACUUUACAAAAAAGACAGCUGACUUUGUGUAUCAAUAUCAAAUUCGAAUUUGUCAGUCAGAAGUUGGACGUAGUGAGGUAACUGAUUAUUUGCCGUUAGGACUUCAUAUUAGAAUUGAAAAUGAAACAUGUUCUUUGCCACCCAUCGCUCGUUAUAUACAAUCAGGAACUGAAUACAGACGAGUUGGAAGACCUAUCAAUUGUACUCAACACUUAAAAUUAAGUCCUUUAGUUUCAAACUCCAUCAUUGUAAACUGGAUUCCUGAUGAAAAAAACUAUGCAUUUGCAAUGUUUAUUGUAAAAGAAUUAAAUGCUAAUACUUUGAUAAAAAAACUUCAAGAAAAAGAAGCAAGGAGUUCAGAAGAGACAAUUAAUGAUAUUAAAAAACUGGCAGAAGUUAAUCCAUGUUUUGCCACUGCAUCUUUUCAUUAUUCCUUGAAAUGUCCAUUGAGUACUAUCAGAAUGAAGAUACCUGCAAAAUCUAUUCACUGUGAUCAUUUACAGUGUUUUAAUGUAGGUACAUAUAUUUUAAAGAACAAAAUGAAUCCAACAUGGUUGUGUCCAAUUUGUAAUAAAUCUUGUUUAUAUGAUGAUUUACAAGUUCAAAAUUAUUUUUUGGAAAUUGUUACAAGCCCAAGACUUCAAAAUGACGUCCAAGAUAUUGAAAUUUUUGCUGAUGGUUCAUGGAUUAUACCCGAAGAAAAAAAUUUUACUGAAAACAUAAUCAAAAAAGCACCCGUGAUACUAAAAAGAACAUAUUAAUUCUUUGUAUUUGAAUAGCAAUAAUGAAAAAUUGUCUUGAAUUGAAUCAAUCAACAAUUAUAUGAAAAGGGAAUGUAAAUAUUAUAAAAGGACUAUAAUAUUUGUGAUACAAAUUUUAAAUUGGUUAUUAAUACCCUGAUCUGAUUUGGAUACACUAAAGUAAUUUUCAAAUUUUGGAUACUUGGUUCAAAGAAUUAUGCAUGAUCUGUUUUUUUAUCUUAAAACAUACCUUUAUAGAAAAUUUUUCAAGCCUCAUAAAUCAGGGGUAGCCAAA